AUGCACCAGCAACUCUCCAUUCCAGUGACUUGCAAAAUUCGCAAAGUGCUGACGGCCCCAGACAGCACAGCUUACGACGGCCUGCGCGCCUCUGCUGCUGCUGUCUUAUGCUUUGGAAGCAGCAGGUGCUGCUGCUGUUACUUUGCAUGCAAGAACAAAAGCAGAAAAAGGAAGAGACACAGCAGCAGCAGACUGGGGACUCAUUCGCAGGUAAUUGCUAACGGAGGAGUGGAGACAAAAGAAGAUGCAGUCCGGUGUCUCAAAGUGACAGGAGCAGACGCAGUAAUGGCUGCUGAGGGCCUUCUAGACAAUCCCGCUUUGUUUGCUGGUGCUGCUGCUGCGCUGCAGCAGCAGCUGCUGCAGCAGCUGGCCCCCCCCUGGCAGCCCCCGGCGGUGCGCCUGGGGGUUCUCGCGGAAGCAGACCUCUCCCCGCCCCCCAGCAGCAGCAGCAGCAGCAGCAGCAGCAGCAGCAGCGGCAGCAGCAGCAGCAGCAGCAGCAGCAGCAGGUGUGGGGUGUCUGCGUGGCAGCGGGUGUGUCUGAUGAAAAGAUACCUGGACAUCUGCGGUGUAUAUACACCUCCCCACAGUGGCUGCGCAAAGGCCCACUUGUUCAGGUGUCUCCAUCCCAUUCUUGCAGCAGCACCGAACUGGAGAGACACACUCCACCAGAGCAGCUGCAUGGAGGACCUUCGAGCGCUGAUGGACUGCAUAUACAACCACUUUGCUGCUGCCAGCAGCAGCAGCAGCAGCAGCAUCAGCGGCAGCAGCAGCAGCAGCAGCAACACGUGGUACCGCCGCCACAGAAGGGGGGCAGCAAAGGACGAAGACACAGAAGAAGCCACAGACAAAGAAGCAGCAGCAGCAGCAGCAGCAGAUCCUUGUUCUCUAGCUGCCGAAGGAUUUGAAGGCUUGUUUGGCUAG